AUGGCCUCCCCAUCGCCACGCCGCCACGCCCUCCCUCCGCCGGGCCACCACCGCCGCACGCUCUCUUCCACGCUCGUCGACGAGAGCGUCGCCGCCGCCGCCGCGCUCGUCCACAAGUGGCACCCCGACGACGCGCCCGCUGGCGGCUCUCUCUUCCUCCACGGCGCGGAGGAGGACGAGGCCCGGCGCUUCCUGCGCGCCGCCGCCGACCUCCACCGCGCCAUGCUCUUCUUCGCCUCCGACGUCGCCCACGGCAGCAGCCACGGCCUCGUCGAAGCGCAGGCGCUGCUCCAGACCGCCAUGCGCAGGCUCGACCUCGAGCUCCGAGUUCUCCUCGACGACAUCGACAGCAUCCAAUCAGACCACGCCGCCGACGCCUCUCGCUCUCGCAACAACAUCUGCGCCGUCGCGGAGGCCAUGAUGGCCGCCGGAUACGGCAAGGAGUGCAUCUCCACGUUCAAGACCCGCCGCCGCGCCGCGCUGACCGCCUCGCUGCGGCGUCUGCUCGGCUUCUCGCCUCCCGUCGACCACCUGCAUAAGAUCACCUGGGACCAGCUCGACGCCCGCAUCAUACCCUCCUGGCUCGCCGCCGCGACCGCCGCCUUCGGCUCCCUCUUCCCCGCGGAGAAAGACCUCUGCGAUGCGGUCUUCGCCGGCGACAACGCAGCCGUCGGCGAAGCGGUUUUCGCGGCCGUGGCCAACGACCAGGCCACCGGCCUCCUUGCCGUCACGGAGGCCGCCGCGGCACGGGCGAGGCGCGCCCCGGAGCGCCUGUUCCGGGUGCUGGACGUGCACGACGCCCUCACCGAGGCGCUGCCGGCGCUCUUGUCCGUGUUCGGGGACGGCUCCGAGGUCGCCGCCCGCGCCGCCCUUUCCGUCGCCAAGGUUGGCGAGGCCGCUCGCGGGGCCCUGGGCAGCUUGGAGGCCGCCAUCCAGAAGGAGCCAUCCAAGGCCACGGCGGCCGGCGGCGCCGUGCACCCGCUGACCCGCUACGUGAUGAACUAUGUCGUCUUCCUCGCCGACUACAAGGAGGGCCUUGCUCUGCUCUACGACUACGACUACGACUCCGACUCCUCCGAGCAAGCAUCGCCGUCGGUGAUCCAUCGGUUGGUGUCGGCUCUGCUAAGCAAGCUGGAGGCCAAGGCCGGGUGCUACCGGGAAGCGGCGCUCAGCUACCUCUUCCUGGCGAACAACACGCGGUACGUGGCCAACAAGGUCGCCGGCAGCGGCCAGCUGCGGGGGGUCCUCGGCGACGGGUGGGCGGAGGCGCAGAGCGCCAAAGCGCGGGCGCACGUCGGCGUGUACGUGCGCGCGGCGUGGGGCAAGGUGACCUCCCUGUGCACGCAGCAGGGAGGAGCUGAGCCUGAGGCCGUGGAGGCGGCGGUGAUGGAAUCCGUGGGCAUGCAGGAGCAGUGGGUGGCGGCGGACGACGAGACGGGCGAGGCGUUAAGGGCGGCGGCGACGGCGGCGGUGGUGCCCAAGUACAGGAUGUUCUACAGGCGGCACGGCGCCGCGGUGAGGCUCACGCCGGGGGACGUCACCGCCAUGAUCGCCGCUCUCUUUGGCGGGCCUCUGGAUCUGGUUUCGCAACGCCAUCAGGAGGAUCCAAAUCCAUACCGCGAUCCAACAAGGAGCCCGCGGCAGCUGUUCACGUAA